UCCCACCACAAAGCAGAAAGUUCUCCUGUCGGCAACAAAAUGACGAAAAGGGCAGUUCCAGCCUUUCUGGCAGCAGCAGCGAAAGAGAUAGGAGGAAAAGUCGUCAGCAAGCUUGGCGACAGGAUCGCGGACGGUGUAGUGGAGAACCACCAGGAGAAGGUGGUGAGCGGUCUGCAGGACUACCUGGGGAAACAGAUGGACAAGUUUGAUAAUGAGUACAAAGAACUGCUGAAGGACACCAGUGGGCUGGCAGCGGGUUUGAACCGGCCGGUGGAGGAGGCGGACAUUCAACUUGUUCCUAGACCAGGAGCCACGAUGGGUAACAUGUAUGCACCACCAGGCUGGGAGAUCCGACAUAAGUACAAGUACAAGGAAGACAGGGAAGAAGACAAGGUCAGUUCCGGCGGACAGGCAUCAGCCUAUACUUACCCAGCCGGACUAGGACCAGUUCUGAUGAACGGCUGCUUCGGGACAGGCUAUAAGAAUGGAGACCCCUGCUUCAAGGCAAAGAUACCAAGAACAGGCUGUCCGAACCUAAUUGACGGCGCAACCUACCUCGGCGUUGGCUUCGACGGAAGAGGCGUGUACUCGGCCGAGUCUAGGAAGAAAAGUGUCAUCCAGAGAUCAUGCCAAAAUCUGCAGACGUACGGUGAAAAUGAAGUCCCUGACUCUAUGACCGUGCUAGGCAUAUACGACACAGAUGUAGAAUCCUACACCUUCAGCUCAACGGAAGAAUACAGGCAAUACCUUGCGGAGAAAUCAGCCGUCACUUCUGCCAAGGCCAUGUUCCAGGAAGAGAUCAACAAGGCUUCUGGACACGGAGCAGUGGGAGGACUAUUCGGACUUCUCUGGUCAGCAGGAGGAGGAGGAUCCAGUCAGAGUGGCACAUCCAUCCAAUCAUCAGAGUUAAGUGCCAGCUCCUCUGCCAGCGCUCGGCUGAGUGAGCAGCAGACACAAACAUUCAUGGCCAUGCUGGAGAUAAACAUAUUCAGAUAUGAGAUCUUCAUGGACGACGUGACGCAUGAACAGUUAAACGUGGGCUUCCUACGAGACUUUAUUUCCCUGCCUGAGUCCUACUUCUCUCCCGGGGCAGAAAUUAUCUUCCGUAAGAAUCUACAAAUAGAAAAGGAAACAGGCCGGACGUACUACACACAAGAGACAACAGAACCUGGUGAUGAUGACAAGGGGACUAAGAAUGAGACUGAAGCGGUGACGGUCUCUGAGAUCCGUUAUUGUAAUUUUAAAGACCGUAAAAACCUUGAGGACAGCAUGGCCAAGAGGAGGCUGGCGCUUCAACGUGCUGUUACAGUGUACCUAGAAGAGGGUCGUAUCCUGAGUUCAGACUUCCUCCUUCCCGCUGGAGAGGCAGGCUGUGAAACCGCCAUGUUGGCGUUCCUUCAGGAAGACAACACCGGCGUGCCCACAUGGGAAGACAUGACCGGAGGACAAGAGUUCAUGGUCGUGUUUGACAUGCCGUACGACAUUCCGGGGAUUCUUCGGGCCCAAGACGCGCUGACAAUAAAGUUCUUCCGUCACAUGUGGUUCUCUACCAGGAAAGGGUCUGUACCACAUUUGUAUGAUAGCUACAAAAACGGGGGAAGCAAUGACGUCCAGGCGAAAAAGGUCAGCGUUCAGGGCCUUGUCAUGUCGUAUGAUGAGGGAACAGGUGUCUUCACGGUGACGGAGGACGACUUUAAUGCCUCAGCUACACUACUGACAGACUUGCCAGGGUGGGUUAAAGGUCGUGACGUAGCCAGAGCUGAGUACAAACAACUACUCAACCACUUAAGCCAGAAAAGUGACACAGUUGGAGACGUACCGUGUAGCAUCCAAUGGUCCAACGCGCAUCGCUUUGACCCGACCGACGGAGGAAAGUGCAUCCACUUCACUGCAGCAUCAGAGGGUGACAUAUUUGUUGUGUUUGCCAGCAUCCCGCAAAAUCAUGAGACCUGGAUAUACAUACAGAUCUCACCUGAGGGAGUGGCAAUUUAUAAGGCACUGCGGCUACAGACCACCCAGCUGAAUGACAACGCCGGCGGUCUGGGUUCGGCAACCCUGUACCAGUCGUACUUUGUCUGUGUGACUGAAGAUGUGGACGAGAAGACAACAAUAGUUCAAUACGGCAAGACGCCUGACAACGAGGAACGUCCCCACGUCUGGUUGAGUUUUACAUUCAACGAGGUGGCGUCCCUUCGCUACUAUUCCUUCGGCAGUGGAGAGUCUCCUGUCAAGGUGAUGGGACUGUCACUGCUGGACAAGCCGGCAAAGGACUUCAUCAUCUGCCGGGAAGGGACAGAGAUGAUCAACGGGGUCUGUCAACAAAAAUGUCACUCGGAGAAUCUACAAAUAGAAAAGGAAACAGGUCGGACGUACUACACACAAGAGACAACAGAACCUGGUGAUGAUGACAAGGGGACUAAGAAUAAGACUGAAGCGGUGACGGUCACUGAGAUCCGUUAUUGUAAUUUUAAAGACCGUAAAAACCUUGAGGACAGCAUGGCCAAGAGGAGGCUGGCGCUUCAACGUGCUGUUACAGUGUACCUAGAAGAGGGUCGUAUCCUGAGUUCAGACUUCCUCCUGCCCGCUGGAGAGGCAGGUUGUGAAACCGCCAUGUUGGCGUUCCUUCAGGAAGACAACACCGGCGUGCCCACAUGGGAAGACAUGACCGGAGGACAAGAGUUUAUGGUCGUGUUUGACAUGCCGUACGACAUUCCGGGGAUUCUUCGGGCCCAAGACGCGCUGACAAUAAAGUUCUUCCGUCACAUGUGGUUCUCUACCAGGAAAGGGUCUGUACCACAUCUGUAUGAUGGCUACAAAAACGGGGGAAGCAACGACGUCCAGGCGAAAAAGGUCAGCCUUCAGGGACUUGUCAUGACGUAUGAUGAGGGAACAGGUGUCUUCACGGUGACGGAAGACGACUUUAAUGCAUCAGCUACACUACUGAAAGACUUGCCAGGGUGGGUUAAAGGUCGUGACGUCGCCAGAGCUGAGUACAAACAACUACUCAACCACUUGAGCCAGAAAAGUGACACAGUGGGAGACGUACCGUGUAGCAUCCAAUGGUCCAACGCACAUCGCUUUGAUCCGACCGAUGGAGGAAAGUGCAUCCACUUCACUGCAGCAUCAGAGGGUGACAUAUUUGUUGUGUUUGCCAGCAUCCCGCAAAACCAUGAGACCUGGAUAUACAUACAGAUCUCACCUGAGGGAGUGGCAAUUUAUAAGGCACUGCGGCUACAGACCACCCAGCUGAAUGACGACGCCGGCGGUCUGGGUUCGGCAACCCUGUACCAGUCGUACUUUGUCUGUGUGACUGAAGAUGUUGAAGAGACGACAACAGUAGUUCAAUACGGCAAGACGCCUGACAACGAGGAACGUCCCCACGUCUGGUUGAGUUUUAAAUUCAACGAGGUGGCGUCCCUUCGGUACUAUUCCUUCGGCAGUGGGGAGUCUCCUGUCAAGGUGAUGGGACUGUCACUGCUGGACAAGCCGGCAAAGGACUUCAUCAUCUGCCGGGAAGGGACGGAGAUGAUCAACGGGGUCUGUCAACAAAAAUGUCACUCGGAGUGUGAAGGAUGCCGCACAAGUGGAUCAAACUCCCCGACUGACUGCAUCGCCUGUAAACAUCUGAAGGUGUCCUACCCCUACAGAGAGGGACACACUGGUGAUUUCAAAUGCGUCUCGCAGUGUCCACAGCACAUGGAAUCUGACACAGCUACAACAUCAUGCAAAUGCAUUAAAAGGAUGGAAGAAACCCGCCCUGAAGGUGUUGUGGACUGCGUGACGGAAUGCCCUCUGACACACUUUGAGGCAGACGGUGUGUGUAAAGAGUGCAGCAGCCUUUGCAAAGACGUCAGUAAUGAAGAUAAAAGGACCUGCUCCGGACCUGCUACAACAGACUGUGACACCUGCAAGUAUCAACAUGACGGACGUUGUGUGGAUGGAUGCAGACCUGGACAGAAAGCUGUUAAAGGUUGCGCAGACGGGUACGUUUACCAUCAACAUAGUCAACUGUGCUACAAGGCCUUCAACGACACUGAAACCUACGACGGUGCAGUCAGAAGGUGCUCUUCAGACGGGGGAACCCUUGCCAUGCCCCGCGACAACGCAACCAACAACUUCCUCAUCCAUCUGAAAAAUGCCGUCGACAACAACGCUUUGUUCCUUUUUGGACUGACUGAUGACCACCAGGAGGGAGUUUGGAUGUGGGACGAUAACGUUCCUCUGGGCGACUUCAGAGCUUGGGGUCAAGGACAACCCGACAACUAUAAUGGUAACGAGGACUGUGCCGAGUACAAUCCAGAAGGCUCGUACAACAAAUGGAACGAUGGGCCGUGUACCAGAGACAACAGGAAGUUCAUCUGUCAAGCCUCUCCAUCAGGAAAUAACAGUGCCUUCACCUGCCACCAAUGUCGUCCCGGCCAUGAGUGUAAGCUGGGGGACGAGCGGGAAGACAUCUGUCCAGCGGGAACGGCCAGUAACGACAACAGGACAAUGUGCGUGCCGUGUGCAGCAGGGGAGUUUAGCAGCGCUCCGGGAGCGGCGUCCUGUCAAAAGUGUCCAGCCGGGACGUACAGCACAGGCGGCGGGUCUACAAGCUGUUUAGACUGUCCAGCUGGCAAAUACAGCGAUGUGGUAGGAUCCACGGGUUGUAAGGUCUGUCCUGCCGGGCAAUACAGUAACACAGCGGGGUCAAACGGCUGCACGGACUGUCCUACCGGACAAUACAGCGAUGCACCCGAGUCUACCGGUUGUAAGGCCUGUCCUGUUGGGAAGUACAGCGAUGCAGCCAGAUCCACGGGUUGUAAGGACUGUCCUGCUGGGCAAUACAGCGACGCAACAAGGUCCACGGGUUGUAAGGCCUGUCCCGCCGGGAAGUACAGCGAUGCAGCCAGAUCCACGGGUUGUAAGGACUGUUCUGUCGGACUAUACAAUAGCAGAACGGGGUCAAACCGCUGUUGGGACUGCCCUGCCGGACAAUACAGUAGCAAUGCGGGAUCAAACGGCUGCACGGACUGUCCUGCUGGAAGAUACAGCAAUACAGUAAGGUCAACGAGCUGCACGCCCUGUCCUGCUGGACAAUACAGCAGCGGAACGAGGUCUACGGGGUGCACCAACUGCCCUGACGGAAUAUUCACCAGCACCGCGGGGUCUGAAAGAUGCACGGCCUGUCGUCAUGGGGAGACGGUGAAUGCAGCUGGCAGACCUGCUUGCCAAGGUACACAGCGUACAGCUCUGGUUUGUGAAGAUCAGACAAUGUCCUUGUCUUGUGACUCGGGUCUGGAAAUACAAGUACAGCAUGCCAUGUACGGUCGUAAAGACGGUAGCACCUGUAAAAAAGGUAUCCUACUCUCACAAAACUGUGAAAGUUCAAACAGUCUGUCAAAGGUCCGAGAAUAUUGCCAGGGUCAUCGCACUUGCUCUGUCCAGGCAUCAAAUAGCGUGUUUGGAGAGCCCUGUUUUGGCACAGCGAAGUAUCUCGAGGCCACCUAUACCUGCAUCGGCACCCCCUAAGCCAGGCGGAAUCAGUUUGCAAUGGAAGUGUCGACAGAGAGAGGUGACCAUCUUCCCAACAUCGAUGGUGCGAUUAACUUUCCUUCUUAGGCCAUGUUGAUUUGAUUAUGAUUCAUAUGAAUUGCAUCCGCGCGCGCGUUAAUUUUCGCCCCCCCCCAAAAAAAAUGUUUUCAACCAUACCGUCGUAAAAAAAAAGUUGCAAAAUGAGGAAAUAAUACCGUAUGUUGGAACAAUGUUGGAAACUAUAUCAUUUUCUACGAGUGCCAAAGUGAAAAAAAACGACAAAAAAUACCAAAGACAUGAAUUUGAAGAGUAACCUGUUUUGCAUACCAGAAUCAUUUAUUCAACAUUCAUGACCGCGUAGAUUUCAUAAUAAAAGCACGUUUUUUGCCAAACAGUUUUAUUUGCACACUCGCGCUAGUUUGCGGUUCCCAGAUGAUGUUAUCAAUACAAUAAAAUCAACAUGGCCUUAUGUAAAAGCUGAAAGGAGUGUGUUAGGAAAACUCUUCAUACGCUGUACAAGAACUGUUAAGAUAUGUAUGCUUUCGAUGCCAGAGUCUUUGAGAGACUUCCAAUUAGUAAUACUUCAAUUAACCAACGUAAGAUUCCAUUUCUUUCUUUAUAUACCAUUGCAUGUGAAAUUUACAACUGGCCUUUUUUUAGUUGCAUGCGACUUGAAAAAUCUAAAAUACAGUUUUCAUAGUUUUGAUAUACAAGGAUUCACACACACACACACACACACACACACACACACACACACACUGGCAUUGUGAUAAAACACAUUUAAUUUUGAUACUUGAAAAAAAAUUACUCUAUCUAGACAGAAAUGGGGGCUUUCAAGGCCGUGACAAGCAAACUUAGUAAUUUUUCCUUAAACUUGUCUUGCAACUAGUUCUUAUAUAGUGGAAUAAUUUGUUGUUGUUGCCAUCGUAGGUCCAAGAAGACAGACACUGUUUUUUGCUUUGUUGUAUUCCUUAGGGACUGACGGAAAAAUAGCCAUUUGGAAUUUCUUCAGCCAAAGCAUUACAUGAAUGUCGUCUAAAUGCAAUGAUGACACCAUCAUCAGGCAGAAUUUGAUUACGCUACCAAUCAUCCUUUGAAGUUAUAAUACAAUUUUUAGAUUGGGAAUUUUAAAAUCAUUCAUAAGUAUAAGGGUCCGAGGAUUACAAAAAAGUAUGGUCUGAAUAUUGGUAAAUUGACGAAAAUAGUCUCCUCAACCAUAGACAAAUAAAAAAGAUUUGAAAUAAGCAUUUCCUCGUAGGUACAUGUAGACGCUAAUCCAAUGUAUUAAAAUGCAUUAAUUCUCGUUGACAAUCAAUUUCAUCUUAGUCCAUACCAGAGGUACGGAUUGGAAUACUAUUUCACUUCUGCUCACCCUCUUCAUUUUUUUUAUUGUUCAAUUUCUUAAUUUUGGGGCCAAAUGGCCUAAAAUACGGUAUCUAACGGUAGGGCAAAAUGUAACCCCAGUUCUGUACCAUUUCAAUGUUUUGCACCAUUGAAGAAUAACGUAAUUGCAUGUUUAGGAACAUUUUUUAGUUAAGCAUGAUACUGUCGUUGCAUCAAAGUAACACAGGUGUGUAAGAAAAAAUGGUUUAAAGACCACAUUCUACAAGACGUCUACAACUUAAAAUUUCAGUGCUUUCAGU